AUGAACUUCGACACAGAGAAAUUCAUUGUUGAAAUUCAACAACGAGAAGCUAUUUGGAAUUGUGAAGGAGCAGUUUAUAAGAAUAGAGAUUUAAAACGGAAACAGUGGGAAGAAUUAGUAGAUAUUUUUGGAAAAGAAGAGAUGACAACAGAGGCAAAAAAAAGUCUUGGAAAAGAAUUACAAAAGAAAUGGAAGAACAUUAGGGAUAAUUUCGUGAAAGCUCUAAAGGACAAUGUUACCAGGAGUGGGUCAGCGGCUAAGAAAAAGACUCAAUACAUAUUUUACAAUAAUUUAAUGUUUUUGAAGGACACAGUAUCUAUCAAUGAAACUGAUUCAAGCAUGCAAAGGCAAGAAAAUGAAAGAAAUGAAACAGAAAACGUAGCUGACCCAGUCGUAGUACCACCGCCAAAACGAAAAAAAAAGAAAAAUAAAGAAGAUGAUAUAGGAGUUGAAUUGAUUAACGUCUUAAAUAAGAAUGUAGAGUUGAAAAAGGCGGAAGAAGAUGAAGAUAGACUUUUCUUUUUGUCGUUGGUUAGUGAAAUAAAAAAAGUGCCUGAACAUAUACGCCUACGUACAAAAUCUCAAAUAAUGCAAGUCAUUACUGAAGCCCAAACGUCUGGAUACAACUACUGUAACUCUACUUGGGAUUACGUACGACCAUUCUACAACCAAGGGCCAUCCCAAGGAUAUCAGACACCAUCAUUUGCUAGAAAUAAUAACCCACCACCACCGCCCUCAGUUCCACCUACACACCGUGGAACAUGUAAUCAAGAACAAUCUGUAAUGUCUCCUGAAUCAACAUAUUCACAGAUAUCUCAAGAAUCUGAUUAUCUAGAUCUUUUUAAUGAUAAUAAUUCUCAGUAAUAGUUAUAGUUUACUACUUUUUUUAUUCAAUUAUAAACCCACAUUGCGAUUAAAAUUAAAACAUAAUAACUACUAAAACUUUUUUUAUUUUUAUCAUACUUACCUUAAUGUUAUU